GAUUCAUUUUACGCUGUUUCGGCUUCAAGAUGCUUUGCAAGGCCGGCGCCACUUCCCUGUCAAGCCUGCCCUGUCUGGUCUUGGCAGAACCGUGGCUGGUGGGGCAGGCUGAUUGGAGAUGGGUCCGGCAGGCGCUUGGAACUUGUGACGCUCAGACCAGGCGACCCAGGCUGUCGGCCACUGUGGAUGGCGAGCCUCGGCAUUGAAUCAUCACAAGUCCCAAGCUGCUUCUUGCAUUUCCCUAUCUCGCGCUGCUCCCUUCCAAGAAAAAAUAACCUGGCUAGACCCUAGAUUAGGGACUCAUCAUCUAAGCUGUUCUCACUAAAAUAUAACCCGAAAAAUGGGCGACGAGGAGUGUAAAACCCAGGCACAAGCGACGCCUGCUCAAGCAGCCCAGACCGCGCCGCCAGAAGCAAGGCUCGAACAGGCCAGGAAGUUUCUCCGAGAUGCUCAAGUACAGAACGAGAUUCCAGAGCGAAAAGCACAGUUCCUCAGGAGUAAGGGAUUCUCAGAUAGCGACAUUGAGGGGCUUUUAAAAGAGGUGCUGCAAGAUAGCGGGCAGGAAUCACAAGUCUCGGCCAAGGAGGAAACAAUAGAAGUCCCUACCACCAAAAAAGAAGACCGACCGCCCAUUGUCACAUACCCCGAGUUCCUUACCAAGCCUGCGCGGCCACCACCACUGGUAACAGUCAACGGCUUCUUGAACACGCUCUACGCCUUCGCUGGUCUCGCGACAGCCGUCUACGGCACCAGCAGAUACAUUGCACAACCAAUGGCCGACUCGCUCACCGAAGCGCGAGUCUCACUACACGAAACUGCCAAACAGGAUCUCGCAAAGCUGGUCUCCAAGCUGGAGAGCACUGUCUCGGAUAUCCCAACCCCAAAAUUAAAGGACACUAAGCCACCAGCCGCCGAAGACAACGACGCCGCGAGCAGCUACGACGACCCGACAGAGCUCUUCCAUCGCGACAUUGGCGUCCAGACCUCGCGGCCGCCGAGCCCAUUCAACAGCACCGCGAUCCCGACCGCGACAUCCUUUUUCGGCCUCUCAUCGCAGUCCCAGAGUAGUAAUAGGCAACCACAGGAAAGCCCGACGGCGCUGCAAACCCGCCAGCUGUCGUCGCUCACCGCGUCAUUGAAAAUGCUCGGCGACGGCCUGGUUUCCCAGACCGAGUCCCUCGGCGAGGUCCAGACGGUGCUGGACCUGCUUAAGGAGGACCUGGACACGCUCAGCGCGACGCAGACGACCGACUUUGUCGGUGGCUACUCGCUGUACGGAGCGGCCAGUAGGAACGAGCCAGACGAUGAGAUCAGGCAGGCCAAGGAGAAUAUUAGGAGGGUGAAGGGAGUUCUGCUGAGCACGAGGAGUUUUCCGGCGACGACGAGGUAGUUCUUGGAUUCAAAACCUAUACUUCCUUCUUUGGACUACCUGUAGAGGGAGGUGUAAGUGUUGGCGGCAGUCGCUGGGGCGAUUUGUGUUGAGCGACCAGCGGCCUGCAGCACAGGCUUGUCAGUGUAGCUUGCAUGCAUGUCUGACCAAAAGGGGCAAGGUGCAUCUUGCUGUCUGUCUUGCAUGGAGAGGAACCACUCCAAUACACCGUAUGUAUGCUGGUUCAGCAGGAGGUUGGAGAGGCCCUUGAGCUGAUUCACCCCUUACCGGGAGGUACAACAACCUACUUGUCAUGUAUCCUACACCGAUGUAGUUUGUGAUGCGGAUGACAUGACUUUCUCCGGGGAAAUUCCAGGUACAGAGACAAGUCCCUACCAACCUAAGGUAGCGAAUCGGGGAACCGCUUUGACUUCCUCCAGGCGAGCCCCAUCGACAUAACGCGA